AUGACUGAAGAAAUUGAGGCACAUAUUCUACAGAAGUAUGAGAUAAUGUAGAAAAUGGGCAAAGGUGCUUAUGGAGUUGUAUGGAAAGCAAUAGUUCGUAAAACAAAAUAAAUAGUUGCUUUAAAGAAAGUAUUUGAUGCUUUUCACAAUUCUACAGAUGCACAGCGCACAUUUAGAGAGGUAAUGUUCUUAUAAGAGAUGGCCCAUGAUAAUGUUAUUCGAAUGACUAAUAUUCACAAAGCUGAUAAUAAUAAAGAUCUUUAUAUUGUGUUUGAUUUUAUGGAAACAGAUCUUCAUGCAGUCAUUAGAGGUGGGAUUCUUGAAGAGAUUCAUUAAAGGUAUUUCGAUCAAUAAUUUAGAUAUAUUAUAUAUUAGAUUCUUAAAGCUCUUAAAUAUAUUCAUUCUGCUGAAAUAAUACACCGGGAUCUAAAACCUUCAAAUGUUUUAUUAGAUGCUGAAUGUAAUGUUAAAGUUGCAGAUUUUGGGCUUGCAAGAAGUCUUCUUAUGCCAUUAGAUGAGAAUGCAAUUUUGACAGAAUAUGUAGCAACUCGUUGGUAUAGAGCUCCUGAAAUUCUUUUAGGAUCUACUUAAUAUACAAAAGCAGUUGAUAUGUGGUCUGUUGGAUGUAUCUUAGGUGAAAUGAUUAAUGGAAAACCUAUAUUUCCUGGCAGUUCUACACUUAAUUAAAUUGAAAGAAUUAUCGAAGUAAUUGGUAGACCAACCAAUUUUGAAUUAGAAAGUGUUCAAGCUCCUUUGGCUACUUAAAUUGUAAAUAAUAUCCCAAAAGAAGCUCGAAUUGGAUUUACAAAUUACUUUCCUAAAGCAACACCUUAAGCUUUAGAUUUAAUACGAAAACUAUUGUCAUUUAAUCCUAAUACCAGAAUAACUGUAGAAGAAGCUUUACGACAUCCAUAUGUCACUGCUUUUCAUAAUAAAUAAUAAGAAACUAUUACUAACCCAAUCAAAAUAUCUAUUAAUGAUAAUAAGAAAUUUAGUAUCAAAGAAUAUAGGGAAGCUUUAUAUUAAGAAAUAACAAAAAAAUAUGAUUCUAAAAAUGAAAAUAAAUUUGAAAACUCUUUAAAAACAAAUGAUAAUCAUUAAUAAUAAGAAAGAAGAAGAACUUAAAGUUUUUAAUAACCAUCUAAAAAACCUAUUGGACCAUCAAAUAUUACACUUCCAAGUGAAUAACCCAUUAUUAGAUAAUCUGAUACCAAUAUUAUGCAAUAAAUUAAAGAUCAUGGUAAUAGAGAAGUUUAACCAAAAGAUUACUGUAUUAAAGAUUAUCUUACAAAAGAUUACACUAAUAAAGAUUAUUCUGGAUAAUUUAAUGUUAAUACAAGUAAAGAAUUUGUUACUGGUCAAUUAGGAAAAGAACUUAAUAAAGAAAAUUUAAAAUCAAAAAAUAUAGUUGAAAUUACAAAUAAUAACAAUAAAUUAGAAAGAGAUUAUUCCUUAUCUAAAAAAUAACAUUUUUCUAUGUGGACUUAACCUAACUAAAAACCUUAAAUUUCCAAUCCUUAAUAAAGACCUCCUUCUGCUAGUUUUUAUUCAACUCUUAAUUAAACUUCAAGUAAUUAGUUAAAAUAAUAACCAUAACCAUAGUAAUAAUAAUAAUCAUUAUAAUCAUAAUAGUAGCAUUCUAAUAAUGUUCCUACUUAAAAAAGAAUGAGUACUAAAAUGCCUACUAGUGGUACAAAUACUUCAUUUUAUGUUCCAACAGACAAAGUUAAUACUAGUUUCAAUAAUGGAAAGAAAAUAUCAAAAGACAAUAGCUUCUAACUUGAUCAAAAUAUUUCCAGUAUAUAGAAUAUACCAUAAUCUUCUAUGAAUUAAUAACCAUAACAAGUUGGGCUACAUUAAAAAAGUAUUUAUCAUAAAACUUAUAAAUGUAGCCCUGAGUAUGAACUAUCAAACUUAUCUGAUGUAAAAAGGCAUUUCUGAUUAAAGAAGUAAAUAAAACUUAGUAAAUCAUUAAAGAACAUAGUCUUAACUUGGAUCAAAUAAUAGUGUUUUAAUAAAUCGAUGCAAAGAAUUUAUCUAAAAUAUGCAUGCCAUUAAAAAAUGA